CGUGAAAAGUCGUAACCCGCUCUAUUUCCUGUUCAAGUUGGUUCUCGCUUAUUGACAAAUAUUAAAACCUUUAGUAUCGGUAAUUAAUGCUAAAGUGUAAACAGAAUAACCAAGUUUUGAAUACUAAUAACACAAUCCUACCAAAAAUGUAAAAAAUUGUUUGACAGUGCAUCAGAUGAUGUAAACAAACAGAGGAAAACACGGGUUGCUAUAAACGCCAUUGCUGCAUGGUUCAAAAUCUUUCACCGAAGUAAAGAACCAAACAAAUUUUGUAGGACACAAUGGCAGCUGCUGUUGAGAAUGAUAUUGAGGAAUUUAUUCGAAACCAGAAAGCAAAACUGCAGCAGGAGAGGCAGUAUCUGUCGGAGGAGGAGAGAAGUGAUAAAAGGGGGCGUAGACAGUGGGGAAGACCAACAGAAACACAUUAUGCUAAUGAGAGAGAAUCUCCAGGUGGUCUACCACUUACAAAUGAAAAAGCAAAAUCUAAGCAACAGCAGUUGAGAGAGGAAAGAAAGAGAGAAUAUAAUGAACUCUUAAACAGGAAACAGAAUAAAACCAACUCUAAAGCACCUGAAAAUAACAAAGAGCAGAUCAUAGAUAUUCCCACAGAAAAGGACAACGAUCCUACCCAUCAAAACGGGACAGACAGUAACAAUAACACACAGCAGCAUCAGACAGGAGGACUUCAACAACAGAGUCCCAGGAAACCGGACUUGGACUAUAAUGAGAUUGAGCGCAAGUUCCAAGAACAGAAGAGGCGGGAGUUUAAUGAAUAUGUAAAUAGACCAAAAUUCAAGAAAGCUCCCACCCCACCUCAGUCAGGGAUGAAGUUUGGAGAAUAUGAAGAUUUUAGAAAAAGGGUGGAGCAGCAGCGAAAAGAAGAGUACCGGUCAGAGCUAGAAAAGCAAACUCUGGAACAAGCCAUGAUCAGGGCUCAAGGAGAUAUACCACGGAUAGGCACAAAGCCCAAUAUUUCUCAGGAAGAAUUAAACAAUAUCGCUCAAGAAAAACAGAGACGAGAUCUCCGAGACAAAAUGGUGGAGGAUAAAAGGAUCAGGGAAUUUGAGAGGAUGCUGCAUAUGUCUCAUCAUGAUGAGAGACUGACGGAUUACAUGGAGCAGGAGAGGAAUAGAAUUAUCGAAGACUAUCCACUUAGGGAACAAGAUAUUCUAGCCAUGUUUCAAAGGCAGAUAGAGGAAAAAGAGAGAAGGAAGCAAAAUGAGGCACGAGAAAGAGAAUUAGAGAAAAAACAAUUAGAAUUUGAGAGGAAACUGGAUCAAAAUUACUCGCAAGAUAGAAAUGAUUUUGGUUUCCAGGGUAGGAAUGCUGCUCGUUCUGAGCCCCCUCCCCCUGGGCGUAGAGGUGACCAGUAUGAUGCCCCCAGACAGCAGUCAGAGUAUGCCCCCCCUCGCAGGGGGGCUCGCUCUCCACCCAGACAGGACUACUCUCCCAGACAGGAAGAACGUGAAGGAUUCACAGAGCGACUCCACAAGAUAUAUGAGGAUGAGAGGCGACAGGAUUACCAGAACCAUGUACAACAGUCGGAAUCUGAUCCUCCAUUCAGUCAUAGACUAGGUGGAUAUGAAACACAUAGGAACAAGCUGAAAACUCAGAGAAUCCUAGAGACCCAGCAGCAUAUGGAGGAGAGAAAUGCUCAAGCCACAAAUCGUAGCUGGAAUGAACCAGAGGACACGGAGAGUGGCCUCCCUUUGGGUAAUGACUUUAACCAUAAACAGAAGAUGGAGGUCCAGAGAAAUCGAGAGUAUAAUGAAUUUCUGAAGAAGAAAUAUGAUAAAAACAGAGCCCCUGCAGGAAAACAAAGGGGUAGUACUCUCUCCCUCGGACAAUACGAGGACGAGAAGAAAAGGUUACAACAAGAGCGACAACGAGAGUACCGAGAGCUGAUGGACAAGCGUGUCUACUAUCAUUCCAUGAAGAGAAAGGAUAAAAACAAGCUGCCGUCACUACGAAAUAACGCAAAGAUAAGGCAGCAUCCGUUAGUAGUGUACCGGGAACAGGUUAAUGAGCUGUUAAAAUCUCUUGAUGAAAUCGAAGAGAAUGAGGUACCUGAAAAUGUUCUCAGAGAGUACAUUAAAAAAAUUAAACAAAAGAAAAACUUAAUAGAGGAAAAUUACCGUCUGCAGCAACAGAAAGAACAAGAACGGAAUAGAGGGCGACGUGGGGAGCCCACAAGAUCCAAAUCUCCGGAUAACUUCUUCUCUGGUUUCGGAAAACAUGAUGAGGAGCGAAAUAAACUCAACGUGGAGAGAAAGAAGGAAUACAACCACAUGCUGGCAGAGGAGUUACCACGGCGAGGGCGACCCAGGGACCCACCCCAGGAGCGAGAAGAUACCCCACCCAGAGAACCUGAGAUCUACGAGGCCAGUUUACAUGGGCUCAGACAACAUGAUUCAGCUGAGGUACGGAAGAAACAAACAAGAAAUGAUGAAUACAAUGAUUUUCUGAAGCAGAAUAGAGAGAAGGAGAAACACAAAUAUGACAAGCAGAAAUACGGAGAGUCGAAUCCAAGAGGCAUUAGAGAUCGACCCUCCUCUGAACCCCAGCCAACGGAUGGAAUCUAUGCCACACUGCCUGGGUUACAUUACAACGGCUCGGCCGAGAAAAGAAAGAUUGACGUUAGAAAUAAAGAGUACAACGAAUUUUUACGAAACAGUCAGGAAAAUCUGUCUAGAAGAAGGGGAGGUAACAGACCCCCUCCCGGGCCCCGCCGGGGCUGGCAGUCCCCAGGCAAUGAUGACGGGAGGGACCGGAGACGGAGAGAAGAACCUGCAUAUAGGCAAGAUGAUCGUGACAGAAGACUAAAGUCUUAUAACAGUGAUGGGGCCAUUAAUAGAGCGGGAAAUGACAGACGCUAUGAUGAUGACGAUGAUGAUGAUAGGAGAGGACGGUACAGGUCAGAUCGUAACCGUGAUAAAGGCAUACUUGAUGACGACAACUGGCUCUCUGCCCGUCGAGAACCGGAAGACGAAUACCAAAACCUGAUUAAGCGAUUAAGAGGUGACACUGAGGAACCUAACCCCCCUAGACAGCGGGGCAGAGCUCCACCCAACAGAUCCCCACCCCCAGACAAGGAAGAUAUGGCACGCGCCAAUUAUUUCGCCACUCUGCCUGUGGGUGUACGAUCAGGCGGAAAUGAUAGAGAAAGUGCAAAUGCUCGGAAGAAAGCCCGAUACAGGGAAGAGCUUCAGUUACAGAUGAGAGAAGCCGAAGCUGCUCGCAGAAGAGAGAAAGUUGAAGAGUUACGGGUCAAUGCCUCAGGACUUCUGGAUCCAGAAAAAACACCCAAACGACUCACCUACCUGGGAGAACCAAAUCCAUCACCGAGACGAAAUCUCAAAAGUCCAGAAGUUAGACCUUAUCACACGAGAUUCGACCUAAGUCCAAGGGGUCAAGGCAUUGAACCAGAGAGCAGUGGGGGGUAUACUCCUAGGGAACGCGGUCGUACCCGAGAGAGACGACCCAGAGAAAGGAGCGGCGGGAUUUUGGAUAUCGGAUUCGAUGGAUUAUUGGAUCAGCCAAGGAGAGGGGGAGCAUCACAAGUUCCCCCUGGACUCCAGUACCAGCCGUCUCUUUUAGAUUUUUCCAGUUUAGACAGAUUUGCAGACCCCAACAUUGAACGCACAAGGACGUAUGUGACUGGCGGUGGGUCUGGAGGCCUCAAUCAGCCGUACAGUUCCAUCGACGAGGCUUACCAUUACUACGGCAUGAAGAACCCACUGGAACCUGACAACAGAAAAAGAAACCCUAAUGGUGCCCCACCCCCCUUAGACUUGGGAGGAGGAGGCGGAGGAGGAUAUGAUCGACCUUACAGGGGUUCCCCACGUGUUACCUUUGAUGAUUCUUCUAAAAAAUAUGGCAUCUUAAAAGACGAGAGAUAUGAGAAAAAAGAUGAAAUAGUUCAAACUUUCGACCAGAAAGAUGAGACUGUUCAGACGAUUGAGAUAACCGUACCUCCACCUCCAACGACAGCUAGAGCCAGGGACCGAAGUAAAGAGCGGAUCUCUCCCUACCAGUUCCCCAGCGACGACGACUUGCGCAGCCGGUCCCAGAACGAUAAACGCUCGUACCAGGAAGAACUAGACAGACAGAUUCAGGAGAAGCGUUACAGAAAGCAGCGAGAGAAGGAGGAACAGGAGAGAUAUGAGAAAAAAUUGGAUGAUGAGAUUAGGAACUAUAAUCCAUUUGGAAAAGGAGGAGGAGGGGCCCCACUGAGGGAUAAUCAGGGAAAUAUUGUUGCUGAUUUACGGGCAAUGCACCAGGAUCCAGAAACAGCACGGUCAACAGCUCGGGCAACUCACGAAUCGCCCCGAUUCAGGGCUCCCUCAUCUCCCAGAGAUGACCUGAUAGCUCCCCCUCCCGAUCAGAUAGACGCUUCAGGGGAUGUCACUCAUGCCAGGGGAGGGCAUGGAAUAUUUGGUCAGCCAAAGACAGAACAAGAAAAGACACAGUCAGACCGUUACAAAGAUGAACUCAGAAGACAGAUUGAAGAGAAAAAGCGACGAGAACAGAUUGAAAAAGAAAAGGAAAGAAUAGAAGAAGAGAAAGAAAACCGAAGACUGGAAGAGCAGAGACUCAGGAUACAGAAGGAGUACGAAGAAGAGCAGAGGAAGAAGAGGGAGAAGGAGGAGGAGACACGGAGAAGAAAUGAAGAGCUUCAGCAGCAGGCUGAGGCAAAGAAGAAGGAGGCAAAGAGGAAGAGGCAGGAAGAAGAUGAGAGGAGGACCCAGGAAAAACGUGACCAGCAGGAGCGAGAGCGCCAGGAGAGACAGGAGCCUCGGGGGUCUUCUCCCCCCGUCCCCGCUGUCCGGACCGCCACGGAGCAGAAACCAGACUACGCGGAAGGUACCUCACUCUCAAUUGACUUGGCUCGACCGAGUCACUUCCGAUCCAAUUCGGUUCGACUUGGAAUAGACUCACCAGACAAUUUAAAUCUCAAAAAAUCAUAUGGAAUCUCGACGUCCGAAGACACACGUAAAUCUCCACCCAUCCCAGCUUUACGGAGAGAACCUUCUCCCUUGGUUGAGUCUUCCAGACCUCCCCCACAGCCACCGUCCAGAGCUAACAGUUCUGAUGUACUGAAAGAGCUGGCUUCUAUGAGAAAACAACUACAGAGUGAGAGGAAACGGGUGGAAAAUGCACUGGAAACUCAGAGGAAUGAACCAGAUGUUUUUGACCCCAGAAUGGUUCAAAGACCAGCUCCUAAGGAGAUAGAUGUGUUUGAGAGGGCGCGUCAGGGAGAGCCUGCCCCAGUCCGCACAGAAAACCUUAACCCAAGGAACAUACAGGAGUUUAACGAACUCAAAUACAAAAAUGACACAGAAUCUCGGAAAGCUUUCCGUAGCAUGUUCCCUGAUGCUCCGACUUCCAGCGAGACGCUGGAAGCUCAACAAGACGCCUUGCUCAGGCAUCAGGAGGAUACACUCAAGUCAAUGAAAGAAACAAUCACGGUGGAGGACAAGUGUAAUAAGUGUGGGAGAGAGGGGGUGGCAGUGAUCGACAAAAAGGCCAAGGACAGAGACUUAUUUUCAGGUCUGGGGGCUCCGCCCUUGACAACACGCCAGGGCACGGUCAGUCCGCGCUCCAUGCUCAACUCAAACAGUGCAUUUAUAGAUGUUGAUGGGUUGAACCACUUCCCAGAUGACUUUGAAGAUUUGCCCAAGAGAAACGAGUCUGCUCGAUACCGGAGACGUGAGCGAGUCACACUCAGUCCACGAGUGGAUAGUGUAGGAUAUAAUCCACCAGAGAGUCAGCCCCUGAAUCCAUUUGGCUCCACAGCGAGUCUGGACGUGGACAGAAUUCAGCGCAAGAAUGAUGCUCGCCUCAGGAGGCUGCACCAGUUGAAUGCUGAUGAGGUUUCUUUGGCCGACCCUGAUGACAUUCUAGACAGAUUUAUGGCCAAACAGAGAUAUAACAGACCACCGUCCGGACAGACUUUACAGGACGACACCUGGUUACGCCCGGCCAGUAAAGCUAUCUAAAGACCGCCUCUCUUGUCUCCAUAGUGAUAAUCACCUCCCAUCAUGCAUCCACCAACCAAAUCUUCCUUGUAGUGUUAAUAUUACAAGAACAUAUAUCAUCAAGUGUUUGAUCCGUCCAAACAUAGAAAACUCUCCACAGCUUAAGUUACUCCUCUUUGAAGAAAGAGAUAUCAAGUUUACUGGAUGACCUACAUUGUAUAUAUAUUUUAUAGAAUUAUAUUAUAGUGCUAUGAAAAAAAUAACUUUGAAACGUAUGAAUUUCAAACUUUAUUGACAUAUCACUAUAGCAAGCCAGAUGAUUUUCUACUUGCACAGCUGUUUUUAUUAUUCCAUAAAAAUGGCAGCCUUUAUUUAUUAUUUUUUAAGAGCAAAACUGUGAUAUAUGUCAGCGAUGAAUUAAGGUGUGCGAUUCUUCCAUCCUUGAUUUCAGGGUUUAGCCAGUGAAUUGUCUAGUCGUUAGUUGACAUUUGCCGCCAUACAAUGUAGUUGUUUUGUGAUAUACUCCACAAUAUGACAUAGCUACAUAUCCUAUAAAACUGAAAGAAAAUGAACUCCAUUAAACUGUUAUUAGAUUAUGUUAUAGGACCUUGUCUUUAUAAAGCUUAUUGUUAGAGGCUGCAUGAAUAUUCAGGUUUUCGUAAUUUCGCCUGAAUAUUUCUUGUAAGCAAAUCAUGAUGUAGAAUUUUUUAAAUCCUAACAGACUUGCGGUAUUGAAAGAAUAUUGAUUUAACAACUCUGUGUGGGCUGUAUGAUGAUAAACAGCCAUGUUUUAGUCAUGUCACUAAACUGUUGUUAAAGUUGUUGUUGAAAUUAACUCCAAAUUGUUUUAGAAAGACAUGUUACAUGUAUGUAUAUGUAAAAUAUAAGAAUUAUAACUAUACUUAUAUUUAUAUUUGCAAUUUGCACAUGGAAAAAUGAAAUAAAAUGAAUUACAGAACUGUA